GAACCGGCCGGUCCCGAACAGGGCGGCGCCGAGAGUCUGGACGCUGAGGUGGCGACCGGCUUCAGUGAGAAGAUAAUGGCAGCUCGCGCCGGUCCCAGGAUCCUGAGAAAAGUGGCCUCAGGGUGCCGUCCGAAGUCUGCUACAGCGGCCGGAGUCCCGUGUCCGGUGCACCUGAACGUCAGAUAUUUAGCUUCCUGUGGUGCACUAAUGAGCAGAACUCUUCCACUACAUACCUCAGUUUUGCCUAAGGAAAUAUAUGCAAGAACUUUCUUCAAAAUUGCUGCACCAUUAAUAAACAAAAGGAAGGACUAUUCAGAGAGGAGAAUAAUUGGAUACUCUAUGCAGGAAAUGUAUGACGUAGUAUCAGGAAUGGAAGAUUAUAAGCAUUUUGUUCCUUGGUGUAAAAAAUCUGAUGUAAUAUCAAGGAGAUCUGGAUACUGCAAAACACGAUUAGAAAUUGGGUUUCCACCCAUGUUGGAGCGCUAUACAUCAGUAGUAACCUUGGUGAAACCACAUCUGGUAAAGGCAUCCUGUACCGAUGGGAGGCUUUUCAAUCACUUGGAGACUAUUUGGCGUUUUAGUCCAGGUCUUCCUGGCUACCCAAGAACUUGCACCUUGGAUUUUUCAAUUUCCUUUGAAUUUCGCUCACUUCUGCACUCUCAACUUGCGACACUGUUUUUUGAUGAAGUGGUGAAACAGAUGGUAGCUGCCUUUGAAAGAAGAGCAUGUAAACUGUAUGGUCCAGAAACAAACAUACCCCGGGAAUUAAUGCUUCAUGAAGUUCAUCACACAUAAAGAAGGAACUGGUCACCUACUCGUAACUUUAGUUUGUGCAGUUUUAGGAAGUGCUUAUCAUCACGUGAUUUCAGAGGUCAGAAAGCAUUUUUUAAACCCAGCUUUGAUUAUAAAUCUUUACCUUUGCAAAUCUGCAUUUGAAAAUGGAACCAUGUAUACACAGAAUUCAAUCAAGUACAGUUCAAAGUAAUGUGUAGCAUAUUUGCAAUAGUGGAAUGUCAUCACUAUUUCUAGUAUACUGACAUCACUCUGAGCAGAAAUUGAAACUUAACCCUUUUAAUUAUAAGCUUACAUGGAAGAGGUUAGUUGAGCUACGUACACAGUAUUAUGUUAACCAUAUCACAUUUAAAUUAUUAAAUUCAGACUAUAACUUACUGUCAUAGAGCCUUCUUCAUGACUUAGUAUAUUUGGUAAUCAUCAGAUAUUUAAAGUAAAAACUUUAACUUAAAAAGGAUAUUGUUAUUGAAGUUUCCCUCACAUUUUCUCAUUUUUAAAUUGUUCUUAAGGGUAGUAGUAGAUAAUCCAAAGCUAUAGUAAAGUUAGCUUCCAGAUAAACAGUGAAUUUUGCUUUGGUGAGUGGUCCAGAGCUUUGAGCUACACUUUUAGUAGUUUGCAGUCUCCAGAUACCCUGCUCUCUCAAUGAUGACUGUGUUGAAUUUUGCCUACAACUGUGGGCAACAAAUGAAGAUAAGUUGAUAGGUCUCAAGCCCCCUGUAUCCCUAUUUUCUAUUUAUUGUAUAUACUCACUUUCAAUAAUGUAUUUCGAACAUAUUUUUGUAAACAAAUCAAUGUAAGACUGAAGCAAUAACUUAAUAAAGUUAAUUUGUUUA